GGCGGAGGGGAGAGGUAAAGCAAAGCCCAAGCCCUUCAAAAAGGGAGGGAGAGCUAUUAACGAAAGCUAAUCGGAUCCGGGUCAAAAAAUGGGAUCCGAUAAGGCCAUCGCCAGGCGGCGGCGAAGGACGAGAUCCAUGGAGAUUGAGGACGACGACAGAAAACGACCAGCUCACCGCCGCCUGCGUUUGCUGCGGUACGAUGAGCUGCCGGAGUACCUUAAGGACAACGAGUUCAUCCGCGACCAUUACAGGUCUGAGUGGCCGAUCAAGGACGCGAUCCUCAGCGUUUUCUCUUGGCACAACGAAACCCUAAAUGUUUGGACGCAUUUGGGCGGAUUCCUGUUGUUUCUGGCAUUGACGAUGAUGGAAUCGAUCGAAGCUGUCGAGGACGUUCGCAAUGCGUUCGUUCCGACGAUUUCUAGGUUUACGGGUGGAUUGAUGAAUGAGAGUGAGAUAUCAAAGCAUUAUUCGGGGAAUCUGUUAUCGGAAGCUGCAGGGUUGCAGUUAUUCCAUUCGAAUCCAACACCAAAAAAUCCCACAAUACCAAGAUGGCCAAAGCUAGUCUUCAUGUUCGGUUCCAUGGCUUGCCUCUCUUGCAGCGCAAUCUCCCACCUCCUCGCUUGCCAUUCGCAUCGUCUCAACCUCUUCUUCUGGCGCCUCGAUUACUCUGGCAUUUCCAUCAUGAUUGUCACAUCCUUCGUCCCCCCGAUAUACUACGCUUUUCUCUGUAAUCCUCUAGCUCAGCUAACUUACCUCUCAAUCAUCUCAACCCUCGGGAUACUUGUCAUAUUUACGAUGCUCGCCCCUGCUCUCUCUUCUCCUCGUUUUCGUCCCUUUAGAGCCGCACUUUUCUUAAUAAUGGGGUUCUCUGGCGUCGUGCCAGCCGUUCAUGCCUUGGUGCUCAACUGGGAGCAUCGAGCGUGCCACCUGGCGCUUGUGUUGGAGGUGGUGAUGGGGUUGGCUUAUGCGACAGGAGCGGGGUUUUAUGUGAGCAGAGUUCCUGAGAGGUGGAAGCCUGGUGCUUUUGACAUUGCAGGUCAUAGUCAUCAGAUUUUUCAUGUCUUUGUGUUGGUUGGAGCCCUUACUCAUUAUGCGGCUACUAAUGUGCUACUCCACUGGAGGGAUGGAGGAGCUGUUUGCAGCAACGACACUAAUGCCAUAUUUGCCUUGUUUUGAUGUUUAUCAGAGCUAGGAUAUCCUAUUGUUGUGAAAUCUUUUGUCUCAAUUAGAUUCUAUAUUACUGAGAGAGCAAAGGAUCUAUGACUAACUGUUGGAAGGUGAAGAGGGAGAAUAUAGAAGCAGGAGUAUUAAAGCAUUCGUCGUCUGGCACAGAUUUGAAUGAUGUAAAAUUAGUUUGUACAUAUAUUUGUUCCAUUUUGUAUGUGAUCCUGUUUCCAGGUCUGAGUGUAAUCGUGAGAAGGGAAACAUAAGAGGGUUCAUUUUGUUCAUGGAAAUCUCGGUACUUUUUCUCUUAUCGGGUAGAGAAUGUAUUGUUCCUAACGGAUAGUGCGAGCGAAUUCAAAAGCUGAGAGAUUUCUACUCCCAGUCGUGUUUUGUUGUGCAUCAGUUCAAAGGCUGGGGAGGUUUGGACUACAAUUUGUGCUUGUUGUAUGUAUUAUGUGCUAGUGUAAUUGUUGUGCACUAAGACAAGGGUUGAGGUCAUGGGCAUUCCAUUUUUGCUGUCAUUCUGCUGUGGGUGCCCUUUAAAUGUGAUUUGUUUGAGUUGAAAUUUCC